UAGUGGGGAUGUGUGUCCGAGGCCGCCAUGUUUCAACUCGUGCUUCCUGUCUAGCCACUCGGUUUAACCGGCCAUUCUGUCUCAAUCCGCCAAGUGUUGAGCCAUCUAAUUGUCGGCAGAAUCCGCGUAAAUCAUAUCAACAGUUGAAUAAUUACCGUAAAUCAGGGAAUAGAUAAACGUGUGCGCGAGGGAUUAAACGCGAUGCUCGGACAGCGGUUGUGACUUACGCACAUGAGAUGACGUUCGAGUCUCAUUUAAUCUAAUUAAUUUUUCAUUUAGAACAGUACUGCGGUAUUAAUUUCAGUUAUUUCCCCCCCCCCCCCUCAGUUCAGUGAAUUUAUUUUUCAUUGUUUCAUCCCCCUGAGUGGUACUUUGAAAGAGUUUCGGGCGUUUUAACCUAGAAUUUAUUCAAGUUUGAUCUCAUCUGUUGACAAUGGCGAACCUCAGACAAACACCGCUGACCUGCAGUGGCCACACUAGACCCGUUGUUCAUCUUGCAUUCUCGGAUGUCACGGAUUCUGGGUAUUAUCUCAUAUCAGCGUGCAAAGAUGGUAAGCCAAUGCUGCGCCAAGGCGACACUGGCGACUGGAUUGGCACAUUUGAAGGACACAAAGGGGCUGUUUGGGGUGUUGCCUUGAAUCGAGAGGCCACCAGGGCUGCCUCUGGGGCCGCCGACUUCAAUGCCAAGGUCUGGGAUGCCAUCAAGGGAGAGGAGAUUCACUCUUUUCAGCAUAAUCAUAUUGUCAAGUCUGUGAGCUUCAGCACGGAUUCUAAUCACCUCUGCACUGGGUCCAAUGAAAAAUUGUUGAGGAUUUUUGAUCUCAAUAAGCCCGAUGCUGCACCACAGAAAUUUUCAGGGCACACGAGCUUCAUAAAGCACGUCACAUUCUUCGAUAAUGAUAAAUUACUCGUCAGCUGUGCUGAUGACAAAUCCCUGCGUGUUUGGGACAGAAACAGUGGUCAAGAGAUACGCAGACUUGAUUUUCCAGCAAUACCUAGCUCUAUGGAAGUCUCUAAGGACGGAACCAUCGUCACAACGACGCAUGCUAAUAUCGUCACGUUUUGGAACAGUCAAGACCUGACGAAAAUUCGAGAGUUCACAAUUCCAACUCAGGUUAAUAGCGUCAGUCUCCAUCCAGAUCGAACGAUGUUUGUUUGUGGUGGAGAGGAUUUGAAGAUGUAUAAAUUUGAUUAUGCAUCUGGUGCUGAAAUUGAAUCGUUCAAAGGACACUUUGGCCCAGUCCAUUGUGUGAGAUUUUCUCCAGACGGUGAACUGUACGCAAGUGGCUCCGAGGAUGGCACACUUCGACUCUGGCAAACAACAGUAGGUAAAACUUACGGUCUCUGGCGUUGCACCGAGCAGACUCCAACAAUCCAAGAAAAUCCGUCGGCCAUCAACAACAAACAAGAAGUACCCGCCAGUUAAAUACAACUCCACUCACCCCCAAAUCUUCGAACAAUGAAAUUCUCUGUAAAUAUUGGAUCUCAACGUAUCCGUGCAAUUCUCAUCGAUCAAGUACUCUCCCAAUGCUUCUGAUCUUUAAGUAAAUUUCCAUUCGAUCUUGAGUGCAUUCGCAUUGGAAUGCACGGUAAGUCCAUGUAUUUAUUACGAAAUUAAAUAAUGUAAUACUAGAUUGAAUAGAUGUUUUUAAUGCAGCUCAA